CGUGACAUGCCAUGUGUACGAAAAGGGUUUUAAUAACUGGAGCGUCCGGUCUUCUUGGUCGUCAGCUGCUUAUCGAGUUUGCGGAGAAUGGAUGGAACGUAUUAGGACUGGCAUUCACGAGAGCGACAGGAGAAUUGAGAAAGGUUGAUCUCCGGAAUAAAACCAUGUUGGUGACGUCAUCGACGAGUAUCACCCGGAUGUUGUGAUUCAUGCAGCUGCAGAGAGGCGGGUCGAUGUCGUGGAAAACGACGAGGCAGCGACCCAGACACUCAACGUGACAGUAGCUGCAAAUAUCGCUCAACUGGUGAAGGACAAGGGUGGAGCCCUGCUGCACAUCAGCACUCCGUAUGUGUUCGAUGGCACGACGCCGCCAUACAAACCAGACGACACACCAAACCCGUUGAACAAAUACGGAAAGAGUAAACUAGAGAGCGAACGAGUUGUCCUAGAGAGUUUCCCGUCGGCUAUCAUACUUCGCAUUCCUGCACUGUACGGCAGGGUGGAGUAUCUCGAUGAGAGUUUGGUGACGUCAAUAUUUAAGAACAUACGGGGUACGACGGAAAUUGUUAAAAUGGCGGACUAUGAGUUGAGGUGUCCGACGGAUGUUUCUGAUGUCGCCUUGGUGUGUCGUCAGUUGGCAGAGAGGAGAAUGGGCGAUUCGAGUGUGAAGGGUAUUUUCCAUAGGAGUGGACCUGAUUGUAUGACGAAGUAUCAGAUGGCGAUGGCAAUGGCUGACGUGUUUGGUCUGUCGUGUGGUCACGUUGUGGCGGACAGGGAGCCGAGUGUGGAUGCUCGACGACCGUUUAAUAGUCGGUUGGAUACGACAGAAUUGGAACAGAUGGGAAUAGGAAAGAAGACGGGAUUUAGGGAGGGAAUAGCUAGGGCAGUGAAGGAAUUUUUGUGAUUUGGUAGACAUGUGACUUGCGUUGGUCUGGUGGUCAUGUGACUGUAAGAGCAAAAUCUGUUGCUAUGCUGUCAUGUGAGGUAGUAAGAUUUUUAUGCAUGCGCGCAUACACAUACACUGUACACUCACAAUAACAUGUACACACACAGUGACACACACACACACACACACACACACACACACACACAC